GCGAAUCCAUCAUCUUCAUCAUCCUCAUCCUCACCUCAGAGAUGCGGUCGGUCCUCGGAGCUGCUGGAGUGAUGGACACUAUGAAGAUGAUGGUGGUGUGAUGAUGAAGAUGAUGAUGAAUGUGACUGAGCGCUUCAGGUGGAUCUAACUGACCCAUAUUCUCCUCAGUUUGGACUCAGCAAAGCUCCCUUCUCCCACAGAACAUGCCACCAUGAACCUGACGCUGAGCGCUAAUCCUGGGAUAUUCCUGACCAACGGCUCCCCGGGGAUGCGAGCCUAUCCCGUCACGGCGUUUGUACCACAUGACCUCCAGAUCCUCAACAAUUCGCUCCUGGUGAAUUUAACCGACAGCCACAACGUUAGCGUGACCUAUGACCCUCUCGGCGGCCACACCGUCUGGCAGGUCGUGAUGAUCGUGUUCCUGUGUGGCUCGCUUUCCUUAAUCACGAUCAUCGGGAACAUCCUAGUCCUGGUGUCGUUUAAAGUCAACAAGCAGUUGAAAACGGUGAAUAACUAUUACUUGCUAAGCCUGGCGUUUGCCGACCUCAUAAUCGGUGUUCUUUCCAUGAACCUCUACACCACGUACAUCAUCAUGAACCAAUGGGCUCUCGGGAACUGGGCAUGUGACCUGUGGCUAGCCGUGGAUUACGUAGCGAGUAACGCAUCCGUGAUGAACCUUCUGGUUAUUAGCUUCGACAGGUACUUUUCCGUAACGCGCCCGCUAACCUACCGAGCCAAACGGACCACUAAACGAGCCAUGACUAUGAUCGGACUCGCCUGGUCCAUUUCGUUCAUCCUGUGGGCGCCGGCGAUCCUCUUCUGGCAGUAUUUCGUGGGCGAGCGGACAGUCGCGGCGGGCGAAUGCUACAUUCAGUUUCUCUCGGAGCCGAUCACGACUUUCUGCACGGCUAUCGCCGCGUUUUACCUUCCCGUCACCAUCAUAACCAUCCUUUACUGGCGAAUCUACCGGGAGACGGAGAACCGGUCCAAAGAGCUAGCAGGAUUAAAGGCUUCGGGAAACCAAGGGGAAAAAACGGAGAAUCGAAGCUACGAUCCGAAUCCGUCGAGCCGGAAACGAUCCAGGAAAACCAAACGUCGUUCGUGGCUCUGGUUUCGCCGUAAACACGGUAGCACCGACACGGAUCGCAGCGACAGCUGGAAUAACAACGAGACUGCCGUUUCCAUCGACCAAUCGGAUGAUGACGAAGACGAAGAUGUUGAAGACACACGUCACGUUUAUUCAAUCGCGCUCGAAAGCCUCCAGCCGACGGACUCGGACGCCAAGCCGUCCAGAAAGCAGACUCCGCCGAAAGACCAACCCAACGCCAACGUCAAUAAAGAUGGCCGACGCUUCCCCUGCAAGGCUAAAGCGCGCAAAAAAGUGUCUCUGGUGAAGGAGAAGAAGGCGGCGCAGACGCUGAGCGCCAUCCUGCUAGCGUUCAUCAUCACCUGGACGCCGUAUAACAUCAUGGUCCUUCUGAACGCGUUCUGUGACGAGUGUAUUCCUGCGACGCUGUGGGCUCUGGGUUACUGGCUGUGCUACGUCAACAGUACUGUUAACCCCAUGUGUUACGCGCUCUGUAACAAAACCUUCCGCACCACCUUCAGGUCCAUCCUCAUGUGCCAGUGGAAACACAACAAACCGGUUCAGCAGAGAGCGGCCCCGACCCGUCGCAGACGCAGCCCGCAGUGAGGGACACGUGUGGGACUGCAGUGUUUUUGUCUUGUUUCCAGUCCAAAUAACUCAAAAUUCUUAAAUUAUGCAUAUUUAUGUAAUAUAAAUCUCAGAAUGUGUGAACACAGAUUCUCCACAGAUCAUUUAUUAUAACUUUGAGUGAAAACACGCUAGUUUUAUGUGUCCCUUUAAAUGCAAAUGAGUUGCUGUCACUUUUCAUGUUUUCUGUGUUGUUAGAAGCUCGGGACCGAUUAUAGCGCUUGAAGUCAGAUUUCCAUGAUUACCUUAAUUUGGAUUCCCCCCAAAACAAGACUCAUCUAGUUAAUGCAUCUUGAAUUUUUAGAUAUUUGGACUGUAAACAAGUAAAAAAGUAAGACAAUAAGUUUUUGUAGGUGCAUGAAUGAGUGUUUCUGUCUUGUUAUUUUCCUAGCACAAAUAUAAACAUGAAAAGGCAUUUUUCUGUUGGACUGACGGUUGACUUUGACGUUGUUUACUGAAGGGCUGUACAGUAUUUUUAGUAGUAUUUUUGUCUUGUUUCCAGUCCAAAUAACUAAAUAUUCUUAAAUCAGCAUGCAUUUACUAGACGAGUAAAUACCAUAUGAUAUUAUGUCUUGUUUUCUGGGGAAAUCAAUAAAAAAACCAAGCAGAUAGAGCUAAAGGGAUGUACAGUAUUAAUGUUUAUUGGAGCAUUGCUGAGGAUUUCCUCCUUAAAACUGCAGUGAAUCAAAGACAGUCUCA